UUCCUUGAGUCCUGUGCGCGCUGUGGUGUUCCUAGCUGGGAGGACUCGGACUGCAGGAGCCUGCCUAGCAACGUUAGCAGAACCGGGGCUCAACAACAAUGUCUGCUCGGGUGCUUGUUGGAGUAAAGCGGGUCAUUGACUAUGCUGUGAAGAUCCGCGUGAGACCGGACCACAGCGGCGUGGUGACGGAUGGCGUGAAGCACUCCAUGAACCCCUUCUGCGAGAUCGCCGUGGAGGAGGCCGUCAAGCUGAAGGAGAAGAAGCUCAUCAAGGAGGUGGUGGCCGUCAGCUGCGGCCCGACACAGGUCCAGGAGACCAUUCGCACGGCGCUGGCGAUGGGAGCAGACAGAGGCAUCCAUGUGGAGGUGUCCGGCAAGGACUACGAGACGCUGGGACCCCUGCAGGUCUCCAAGAUCAUGGCCGCCCUGGCCAAGAAGGAGGAGGCACAGCUCGUCAUCCUCGGCAAACAGGCGAUCGACGAUGACUGCAACCAGACAGGUCAGAUGACGGCAGCCCUGUUGGAUUGGCCGCAGGGGACGUUUGCGUCAGAGUUGACUAUUGACGGGGGUAAGAUAAAGGUGGUGCGGGAGAUCGACGGAGGACUGGAGACCAUCAAGAUUGGCAUGCCAGCUGUCGUCACUGCCGACCUGCGACUCAACACACCCCGAUACGCCACCCUGCCCAACAUCAUGAAAGCCAAGAAGAAGAAGAUCGCCAAAAUGAACGCCUCAGACCUUGGCGUGGACCUGACAUCGCGCAUCGAGACCGUGCGAGUGGACGACCCCCCUUCACGGCAGGCGGGCGUGAAGGUGGAGACCGUGGACGACCUCGUAAGCAAACUCAAGGACACGGGCAGGAUAUAGACGCCACGGACCAGACGUGGAGCGUGGAGAUUCUACAUCAAGGGGUCUUUUGCCAUUGGAACCAGGACAGAUUCUCUGCAAGUUUCGAGUGAUGUCACCCAAGUCUGCCUGGCUCCACCUCCCUCUCCCACCGCCAUUGGCCAGUGUUCCUCCACCCACCCGCCACUCAAAGCCUUGAGUCUCCACCCGCCCUCCUGUCAAGGCCUUCUGCAGCUGAUGUAUGAUAUGAAAGGGUGCUGAGAGACUGCCUGCUCCACUGACUGCCCUCUGCCAUGGGUGUUUUAUCUCUGUUAAUAAAUAAAAGCUGCUUUUAUACCAGGUAAUGCA